UAAAUGGUAUUUUUGCGUCGCCUCUUCCAGGACUGACUCAACUUAGAAAUCGCUAUUUUAUUUUCGACGAUCUUAUACAUAAUAUUUGAAUUAAAAUAGUUGGAAAGGCCCUAGCUGUGAUAGCAACAAGUAUCCCUAGCAAAAAAAGUGAAGUCAGAAGCAGUAAUCCUCGUCUACACAGCCACUGGCGCACAGACACACACCCACACCAGCGCACAUAAAAUCGAAGGGUCGAAAACAUUAAAAAAAGUGUGGAAGAGCUCCAAAACCAGGAGUUUUAUUAUUUUAUUUCAAAGCAUUCUAUCCAAAAAAAAUGCCAACCAAGGAGCGCAACAUAGCCAUGAUGGGCUACCGAUCAGUGGGUAAAUCGUCGCUCUGCAUACAGUUCGUGGAAGGCCAGUUCGUUGACUCCUAUGACCCCACCAUCGAGAAUACCUUCACGAAGAUUGAGCGUGUGAAAUCGCAAGAUUACAUCGUGAAGCUUAUCGAUACGGCCGGCCAGGACGAGUACAGCAUAUUCCCAGUGCAAUACAGCAUGGACUACCACGGCUACGUCCUGGUGUACUCAAUAACCAGCCAAAAGUCCUUUGAGGUGGUCAAGAUAAUAUACGAGAAGUUGCUGGAUGUGAUGGGCAAGAAAUAUGUACCUGUGGUGUUGGUGGGCAACAAGACCGAUCUGCACCAGGAAAGAACCGUUUCCACGGAAGAGGGCAAGAAGCUGGCCGAAUCCUGGAGAGCUGCAUUUCUCGAAACAUCCGCUAAACAAAACGAGUCUGUGGGAGAUAUAUUCCAUCAGCUACUGAUCCUGAUCGAGAACGAAAACGGAAAUCCCCAGGAGAAAAGCAGUUGUCUCGUAUCGUAGGGUCCCUGGCUAGCUAAAAGUACGGCCGAACUGUUGGGAAUACGGCGAAUCGCUAUGGCAAUACGAAAAUCGAUUAUCUCUUAUCUACACAGUUGGGCCAGCGUGCACUGGCGGGGGCGGUCCGUGCCCCUUGUGCGCAGCAGGAAAAUCUAAAAAAAAACCUAAUAGACCUAAUAGCUUUAAGUCCACACAGCAAGUAACCAGCAUCAAGCGACUUAGAUGCGUCCGCUAACGCUGCCCAGCAGAUUUUGUGGUUCGCGUUUAGCGCAACGCAACAGGUUUAAGUUAGUACACUUUUUUCACAACAACAAUUCAGUUACAAAGUUCAUAUACAAAUUAUAUCAACAUUAUGUUUUUAGUUUCAAUUAAAAUAUAAUUUUUUCAAGUAA